AUGCUGGGGGGGUCCCUGAUAUCUUCGUCUUUCAACGAUCAAGAUCAAGAUCAAGAUGACCCCUCCACGUCUGAUCAUCAUCAUCACAACAUUACCAUUCCACAUCCUGCAUCAGCUAUCCAUAUGCGCCAACUCCUCAUCACCUGCGCCGAGCUGCUCUCUCGAUCCGACUUCCCGGCCGCUCAACGUCUCCUCUCAUUUCUCUCUGCUAACUCCUCUCCUUACGGCGACUCAACCGAGAGGUUGGUCCACCAGUUUGCAAGAGCUCUUUCAAUGCGCAUCACUUCUCACCAUGGCUCCGGCAGCGUCUUGAUGAUGCUCAACUUGAACUUAAACGACGCCGCUUUGCCGACGCCUGUAAUUAAUAGUAGUUUAGAGGAGGAUCGGUACUCGUCGACAUCUCAGUCGUGUUAUCUGUCACUGAACCAGAUAACCCCUUUCAUUAGGUUUAGCCAUCUGACGGCGAAUCAGGCGAUACUGGAAGCUAUAGAGGUAGGGCAGCAAGCUAUACACAUCCUGGAUUUGGACAUAAUGCAGGGAGUUCAAUGGCCUCCUCUAAUGCAGGCUUUGGCCGAGCGUUCUCACAACUCACUCAACCCACCGCCAAUGCUGCGGAUCACCGCCACCGGCCACGAUUUGAACAUGCUCAACACGACCGGCGAGCGUCUCUUUAGAUUUGCCCAGUCACUGGGUAUACGCUUCAGUUUCCAUCCGCUUCUGGUACUAAACGACGACCCAGCUUCGCUUGCUCUGUUUCUCAUCCCCUCCGCGCUCGCCAUCCUCCCAGACGAAUCCCUAGCUGUGAACUGCGUACUGUAUCUGCACCGGCUCAUUAAAGAUGACGACUCGCGGGGGCUGCGACUCUUGCUGCAGAAAAUCAAAGCGUUGAAUCCGACUGUAGUGACUGUAGCCGAGAGAGAAGGGAACCACAACCAUCCUCUCUUCCUGCAGCGGUUUGUGGACGCUUUGGAUCAUUACACGGCCAUUUUUCAGUCUCUGGAAGCGACGCUGCCGCCCAACAGCCGGGAGAGACUAGGUGUUGAGCAGAUAUGGUUUGGAAGGGAGAUCGUGGACAUUGUGACGGCGCAGCAGGAGAAUAGAAGGGAACGGCACGAGAGAUUUGAGUGGUGGGAGAUGAUGAUGAGAGGCGCAGGGUUUUCAAAUGUUGCGCUCAGCCCUUUCGCGCUUUCGCAGGCCAAGCUGCUACUCAGGCUCCAUUACCCUUCUGAGGGAUACAAACUCCAGAUCCUCAACAACUCUUUCUUCCUCGGAUGGCACAAUCGCCGUCUCUUCUUCGUCUCCUCCUGGCGCUAG